GCGUCGCCGGCGGGGGCGCGGGCACGUCCGGGGCCCGAGGGCCCCAGGACGGGCGCGCGGGGGAUGUCGGGGGCGCCCUUCGUGGACCACUACGCCGCGCUGGGUUGCUCCCCAGAGGCGCCCGCGGCGGAUCUGAAGCGCGCCUACCACGAGAAGCUGCGCGAGUUCCACCCCGACAAGCGACCCGACUCCCAGGGCGGCACCGGGCAGCGCGUCACCCAGGCGCUGGUCGACGCGUGGGAGGUGCUGCAGGAUCCAGGGAAGCGGGAGGCGUACGACCUCGCGUGGAGGCAGCAGCACGAGGCCCACUGGGGCCCAGGCCAUGCCGCUGGGGAUGGGGGUCGGUUGAACGAGACUCAGGAGUGCGUGAAGGCCAAAGGGCCAGAGAGCCUCUCGGCUGCGGCCACCGCGCUCAACAAGUACCAGGCAGCCAUCGUCAAGUACACCGAGGGCAUCCAGCUGAACCCCGAGGACCACAGGAUCCGUAGCAACAGGGCGCUCUGCUACGCAGCCGUGAAGGACUGGGCCAAGUGCAGGGAGGACGCCGUUCUGGUCACACAGAUGAAGCCGGGCUUCAUGAAGGGCUGGUUUUUGCUGGCCAAGGCGCUGUGGAAGGAGGGCUCGCCUGUGCUGGCGCAGAGGGAGCUGGACAGGGCCCUCAGCAUGAUGCCCGAUAACGCCGACCUGCUCGCACUGCAGGAGGACACUGACAUCGCCCCCGACCUGGCCGCGUGCCGCGCCGAGGGCACCGAGCGGCUGCCCAGCCUGCCGCGGGGCCGCGGGGGCGCGAGCCGCAGCGUGUCGCCGGCCUGCACGCCGGUGCAGGGCAACUCGCGGGUGGCCACGCCGCCCCCGAUCCACAAGAGACCGCCCGGGGCGCCGCAGGUGCCGGGGCAGUACAGGAAGGCCUCGCGGUCCCCAGUGCGGGGUGUCGCUGGCGAGCAGACGGCGCACUUCGGGGAGAACACCGCCUGCUUUGGGGACGAGACCGCCCACUUUGGUGCCGCUGGGAGGGGUGGCGGCAGGUCGGCGAGCCCGGUGCGCAUGUCGGUGCCGCAGGCGCCGCCGCCUCGCAGCUCGGCGCCGCCGAGCUACGCGGCGUAUGCGGCGCCGGCGGGAGAGGGCACGUUCGGGCCCAGUGGCGCGCCGAUGCCCCCCUCGUAUCACAGGCCGGAGCCCGCGCCGCCCCCGCGCGGGGCGGAGCAGCCGGGGCCCCGGCAGAAGGCCUCCCUGGCGGGCAUGGCGGCCGCCAGCCGGGCCGCCGCGCAUCCGUGAGGGGAGCCGCGCCGCGGCGGCUCGCGGGGCGGCCGCUCGAGCAGUGGCUUCCAAGGUCCUCGAUCCUCGCCCCUGGUCUUUCUCCUCCUUCUCCUCCU